UGUCAUCAAUGUCAUUGGAUCGCAUAUAAAAUCCGAUGGCCCGCAUUGGGUCAGACAUUCAGUGUUUGGCUUUAGCCCAAGACAGUAAAUCCAACCAAAAAAUCCAUUCCGAAAUGGCCUGCAAGAUCGUGAUCGCUUUGGCUCUGUUCGCCGUGGCAGCCCAGGCUGCCGUUCUGAGGACCGUUGCACCUGUGGCAGUGGCUCCGGCACCCGUCCUGGCCAAGACCGUCGAGUUGGAGGAGGUGGAUCUUCAUCCGCAGUACUCCUACAGCUACGAUGUGCAGGACUCACUUUCCGGCGACAACAAGGGACAUGUGGAGGAGCGUGACGGAGACCUGGUCCGCGGCGAGUACUCCCUGAUCGAUGCUGAUGGUUUCAGGCGCACUGUCACCUACACCGCCGAUUCAAUCAAUGGAUUCAAUGCCGUCGUCCGUCGUGAGCCCAUCGUUGCCGUGGAAGCUGAGCCUUUGAUCAAGGCUGCUCCUGUUGCUGUGGCAGCUCCGCUUGUCCGCUCUGCUCCUGUUGCUGUGGCAGCUCCGCUUGUCCGCUCUGCUCCUUUGGCCGUGGCUGCUCCUGUCGUUCGCUCUGCUCCUCUUGCAGUUGCUUCCCCCAUUGUCCGUUCAGCUCCAUUGGCGCUUUCCUCUCCCUUUGUCCGAUCUGCACCUCUGGCUGUGGCUGCCCCAGCACCCAUCCUGCGCAGCGCUGCCUAUGCCACGCCUUUGAGGUACACAGCCCCCACCUAUACCAUUGCCAACUUGUAAAAUCUGUAUCUGGA